CAUUUUCAACCGUGUGCCCGUGUGAUAGCCCCUUUAGAACAUAGUGGCAUUGACAGCAGCAACACUGAGUGUAAGUGUCAACGUCAAGUGUCAUAAGUGUCAAAUCACUCUGGAAUUUAGUUCGUUACGCCGGUUACGCGGUAUUUCUGUUACUUUACUGUAUUAAGUUUAUAGUAGAUUAAGUUUAUGGCGUUGGGGAUCGGCGAUUAUUACCUAUUAUAUGAUGAAUUCAAAUUCAAGUCUAUCUUCUGCGAGGUCUGUGGCAUCGAUAUCCAGAGAGGAACAAGGCAGUGGUGUUGACAACAAUGACAAUGUCGGUGGUUGUACCUCAACAAUGACAACAACUUAUCCACUCAUUUUAACUGGUGGCAAAUAUUUCGAAGUGAAAGUGACGACAGACAUCAAUGCCCUCGGUGGUAGCAAAGAUCCAGAAAAAGUUGAAGCAACUUGUAUAAAAUGUCAAACAGUUAUUAAAGGUAGUCUUAAGGCUACCAGCAACUUUAAAGUACAUUUGAAGCGUAAAUAUCCGGAUGCUUUAUUAGAAUAUGAGAAAGAUAAAGAAAACACCCAGGGCAAAAGGAAAAAAAAACAGAAAACCCUCAAUGAGAAAAGUCUAACACAAAUGAAAUUGAAUAUUUCAAGUUUCAAAUCACAAAAAGAACAUUCAGUGCAACAAAAGCUAGAUAAUAACAUACUUAACUAUGUUGUCAACAGUAUGAAACCACUAAGUACUGUGGAUGAUCCUAACUUCGUAAAGAUGUUUACUGACAUAUCUGAACAGCUUCAGGUUAUGUCCAGAAGAACAUUAGGGAGAAAAAUUGAUACAGCCCAAAAAACUGUUACAGAUAAACUUAUAAGCAUUUUCAGUAAAUUGGACUAUGUGUCCACAACAGCAGACAUAUGGUCUACAAAAACCAGAAGCUUUCUUGGUGUAACAGCUCAUUGGAUCAAUGAGGCUACACUUGAACGUAUGAGCUGUGUCUUGUCAUUCAAUCGCUUUAAGGGUUCUCACACAUACGAUAAAAUUGCUGAAAUGCUGUUUGAAGUCCAGUCAGAUUUUAGACUAGCACAUGAUCAAAUGAUAUCUACAACCACAGACAACGGAUCGAAUUUCGUUAAAGCAUUCAGAGAAUUUGGUAUUGUCGACUAUGUACCAGAUUUCUCAGGUCCUGAAGAUACAAUGGAAUUGGACAAUUUUAGCGCAAGUGACACUCUAUAUGAAGAGGUGCUUUUAGUUAAUAAUUCUGAAGAACUUGAAACAAGGGAAUUGUAUUUGCCACGACAUCUGAGAUGUGCCAGUCACACUCUAAGCCUUUUAGCCACAACAGACUUGAACAAUUACAUAAAAAAUUCUCUCAUUAGCAGAAUACAUUAUUCUGCCACUGCUAAAUGCACUUUGCUCUGGAACAUGUCAAGAAAACCAAAGUCUGCGGAAAUAAUCAAGGAACAUCUUGGGCAUCAAUUAUUAUACCCAUGUCCAACAAGGUGGAAUUCCCUCUAUGAUGCUAUUCUCCAUCUCAUGAAAAGCAAAACUAAACUAAAUAGUUUAUUUGAACAGUUAGGCAAGGCAAACACAUUUUCAGCAGUAGAACUUGAAUAUUUAGAAGAGUUAUUGGAGGUUUUGAAACCUAUCGCGUCAGCUCUUGACUACCUUCAGGGUGAUAAUUGCUAAUUGGUAAACUGUUACCCACGUUGAUGACUAUUAAAACCAAACUGGAAAGACUACAAAACAGUAAUCUGCGCCAUUUCUCUCGAGUUGUACCAAAACUACUAGAAAGUUUAGAAAAGAGGUUUGACAAAUUUCUCCAAUUGAGACCUGAAGCCAAUGAAGCUAUUUUGGCAGCUUGUUUCCAUCCAGCGUAUAAAAUGCGAUGGCUACCAGAAACCUGUUUAAACGAGGACAAGCAAAGGUUACAAAAUCUUGCGAUCACAACGUUGGAAUCAGUUUCAGUGCUUCCAAGAAGUGGUAGUGGUAGUUCUAGCAUUAGCAAGAAUGAUGACGAUGAUUUCAUCAUCUUCUCUGAUUAUACACGUGAUAGGCCAGUCACAUGUAUGGAAGUAGAAUUAGUGAGUUUUUUAAAUGAGAAGGGGAAAGAUCUCAGUGCCCUUGAACGCUACCCAAACAUUAAAAAAAUGUUUAUUAAAUUUAAUACCAGCCUAUGCUCUUCCGGUCCAGUUGAGAGACUGUUUUCAUUGGCUGGAUACAUUCAUUCGCCAACUAGACGAA